AUGGUCGGCAUUGCAAAUGGCGCUAGUCCUGUGAAGGAGCGAAGCCGCUCCCCCAAAAAGGAGUUGAAGACGGAUCCUGUCAAGCCGCAGCUGUCCGAAGAAGAUCUGCAAGAUGGGUUUUCUGCAGCUCAAGUCUUUGGUUCCAAAACGGCCAUGAGUGGCUACACGUACGACGAUCUCAUCUGCCUGCCUGGGCACAUCAACUUCGGAGUGCACGAUGUUUGCUUGGGGUCCCGGUUCACGAAGCGCAUCUCCUUGCGCACGCCUAUCGUGUCCAGCCCGAUGGACACAGUGACAGAGUCCAACAUGGCUAUCGCCAUGGCUUUAGAAGGCGGCAUUGGUGUUAUCCACACGAACAUGGCCAUCGAGGACCAGGCGAGGGAAGUCUCGCGGGUAAAGAAAUACAAAGCCGGCUUCAUCCUGGAUCCCGUCUGUGUUCUGCCUACGAUGACCUUGGAAGAGUUGGAUGUGCUCAAGACCAAGCACGGUUUCACCGGAUUCCCGGUCACGGAGAACGGACAGAUGGGUGCCAAACUGCUUGGCUUGGUGACAAAGCGCGACACCGACUUCAUAGGGGACCGGAAGACGCGGCUCAGCGCCAUCAUGACGCCAGCAAAGGACCUGGUGACCAUGCGGGAAGGCUGUGACCUCUUGGAAGCGAACGCCCUUCUGCAGAAGUCAAAGAAGGGCAAGCUCCCGAUCAUCACCCAGUCGGGCCUGCUGGUGGCCAUGGUCUCCCGAACAGACAUCAAGAAGAAUGUCGAGUUUCCCAACGCGACAAAGGAAGCGGUGAACAAGGGCCUCCUAGUCGCUGCUGCCAUCGGCACCCGGCCCAACGACAAGGAGCGUGUCCGAGCUCUCGUGGCUGCUGGUGUGGAUGCUGUCGUCAUCGACAGCAGCCAGGGCGACAGCUUGUUCCAGCACGAAAUGAUCAAGUGGAUCAAGAGUAACUUCCCAGACCUGCAGGUGGUCGCCGGCAAUGUGGUCACGAAGCGGCAGGCCAAGAACCUCAUCGAAUGCGGGGCCGACGCCCUCCGCGUGGGUAUGGGCAUCGGCUCCAUUUGCACCACCCAGGAAGUCUGCGCUUGCGGCCGGGCACAGGCCUCUGCCGUCUACAACGUGGCUAAGCUUGCCAGGAUGUACGGUGUGCCCAUUCUGGCAGAUGGCGGCAUUUCCAGCCCUGGUCACAUCGUGAAGGCGCUGAGCCUCGGUGCCGGUGCCGCCAUGUGCGGGAGCCUGCUCGCAGGAACGUCCGAGACACCUGGAGAGUACUUCUACUCAGAGGACGGCAAGCGGCUGAAGCGUUACCGCGGAAUGGGCUCGAUCGACGCCAUGAAGAAGGGCUCCGACGACCGGUACUUCGGCACAACCUCGGCAAUCAAGGUAGCCCAGGGUGUCUCCGGCACGGUCCAGGACAAAGGCAGCAUCCACAGAUACAUCCCGUAUCUCACUCAGGGCAUCAGACACGGAAUGCAGGACAUUGGCGCCAAGAGCGUUGACCAGCUGCAGGCGAUGCUGCAGGAGGGUCAGCUGCGCUUCGAGCUGCGUUCAGCCGCAGCCCAGAGGGAAGGAGGCGUCCACGGCCUCCACAGCUUCGAGCGCAAGCUCUUUGACUCGUGA